AUGGAGGUUCUCCACGUGUGGGGGUUGAGAUCUCGGGCUCCUUUUGGCCGGGACAAGAAGAAAAACAUCACCUCGACCAUCUGCCAGGUUCUGUUCCCGACUCGUCCCGCCAUGUCCUCCCAAUCCACAGCCCCCGUCCGGCGAGGGCCCAUCGGGAUCGGACUUCCCGUCAUCUAUCGCGUGUUCUUCCUGCUCAUCGAGCCCAUCUCUGCCGCUGUCGGCGCGUAUUACGCCCAUUUUCGGCCGCUAGACUACCUCCGCCUCACCCAUGCAGAAUCCGCACCUACGUCCCAUUCGGAUAUUCCGUUAAGCACGACCAUUGUACUCUCGCAGCUCGCGAACCUCUACUUCUUCUUUGCCCUAAACGAAGCCGUCGUUCUGCGCUCGACGGCCGACCUGCGGGUGUGGAAGGCGGUGCUCUUCUGCCUCCUCGUCGGCGACCUCGGCCACCUCUACACCGUCCGGCAGCUAGGAAUCGGCAUCUACUACGGAGUGUUUACUUGGAAUGCCAUCGACUGGGGAAACAUACCGUUUGUGUACGCCGGGGCUCUCAUGCGCGUUGCCUUCCUCCUUGGCAUUGGAUUGCCUAAAACGGGCAAGGCAGUGUCCAAGAAAAAUUAG